AAACUUCCUCUUUGCAGAGUGAAACUGUGAGAUAUUUGCUGAUGUGUGAGUCCAGUUUAUCAGAGUGAAGACGCUACAUGAGACUCAGAACACAGACUGACUGAACUCCACACACUCAUUUCACAAUCUGAAGCAGCAUUCACACUCUUCUGCUGGGAUUUGACUCUUCUGGAAACUGGACGUCAGAGAAAUGCUGUUCAUCUUUGGACUGCUGCUGCUGCUGAUACCAACUGAUACAUUGCGUCAUGGGAGCGUGCGGUCGCUCCAAGGCACGUUUCGCGAGUUUCGUUGGCUGCGGUUCUCUGAUUGGUGGAUCUUUCUCUGCUGUACCAUGGAGGAAAUAUAGUCAUACACAUCUGGGAUGGCAUGAGGGUGUGGAGAUGUUCUGCAGGUUUAAUCAGACAGAUCCCUGUUACACAGCUCUGGGACACAAACUCUAUCUGCAGAUGGUGCUGGACACUCAUAAUGUUGUACUGGAGUUUAAAAAGGGGACGGACAGUGAGGCAGAUCCAGUUUUUACAGUAAAGAAAGACAAGUUGAGGGAAGGAAUUAAAUAUGAAUCCUUUAGAAGCAGAUCUGAGUUUAUCUUUAAUAAUGGGACUCUGAUUAUAAACAGUGUGAUCAGAUCAGAUUCAGGGACAUACAGAUUAGAGAUUUAUAACUCUGUUGGAGAACAAACAUACACAAACAAUCUUCAAGUGAUUGUUGAAGCUCCUAUUGGCUCAGUGAAAGUGUCAAUCAAUUGCUCGUCCAGUGGGGAGAAGCGAGUGUCCUGCUCCUCUGAGGGGGAUCAGCUCAUCUUCAACUGGACUCUGAAUGGACAAAAACUGGAGGAUGGAAAUAACACCAUUCAUCUGGAUGAGGAAACUUCUGGAAACAUCACCUGCACUGUGAAGAACCAUGUCAGUCAUGGACAGAACACCACUAGUGUAAACCGAUGUCCUGUUGAGCGUUCAGUAUCUGUGGUGUUUGUGGUGGUGUGGAGUUUGGAGAUGAUGCUUCUGUUGACUCUGUUAGGAGGUUUUCACAUCUACAUCACAUACUGCAGCUCACACGCAUCAGGAAGGAAACAGGAAGAGGAAAUCGCUCUAUAGAUCAAAACUGAGAAUGACAAGAUUUAGACGAUGACAUCAAUGCACAACAGAAGAUUCAUGAGAGCAGCAGCAGAUUUCAUCACAGAUAUGCAGAGAAAAUGUUUGUGUUGAUACAACAAAGCAAUCAAAAGUUACAGCAUUACAAACAUAAUUUAUCCUAGCGUCCAAAAACGUCUCCAAAGAAAUAAAACAUAAUAAUUGUACAUAAGAACUAAUUAUACAUGCAAACACAACAAUGACUAAAGGUUUGCAUAGCAUGCAGACAUGAUUUUAGUAAUGAGAGUUCACAGAAUGAGUUUCAUUCUGUGCCAUUUGAGUCAUCACUGAGUCUAUGUCAUGUAUUUGGCGCCAUCUCCUGGUGACCAUAUGUAACAUUGUGCUUUGUGUGUAUUAUUUAAUGAUCUAUGCAUAGAUUACUUUGUGUGUGGGCUCAUUUGAUAAUCACCUCCUCUACGCAAUGAUAUUUUAUGUUCUGUUUAUAUUUUGUGACGUUAUAAGCGAAAAUGCAGCAUAUAAUCAACACCUGUUCACAUGAAACAUACAUGUCAAAGACAUAUUCUUAGCUAUUACUCACUAUAUUUUUGUCUGUGAGUAAAACAAAUAAGCUGGUUGUAUUCUACUCUUUGAGAACUUUCCAGCAACAUAUGACACAUGACUAUUUGAUCAGUUUGAUGUUUUUACUGAUUGCAAUAAGAUUUACAUUGCAAAUUUGUUUCAAAGGGGGGGCGUAACAAAAAAUAAAAAAGAAAAAAAUAAAUAAAAAAAAGAAAGAAGAAGAAAGAAGAAGAAGAAAAAAGAAAACCACUGAGGUACAGACUCUAUUUUGAUUGUUUCAUCUGUCUAAACUGCUCUUGUUGUGUGUGUCAGUUUUAGAGGGUCUUGUGGUUUACUGUCUUUUUUCUGUGGUUUUAUACUUCCGCUAAAAUGACAAGCUCUUGAGAAAUUAUUUGUGAUAUGGUUAAUCUCACUCUCAUGACAGACUGUUAAUUUAACAUUUGUUGCAUGUGUUCCAAUCAGUUUACAAAACAAUAAUAAGCAAACAAUUACUUUUUACUGCUAAAUACAGCCCGUUAAAAACAUAUCUCAAGUAAUCUACUUUACUGUUAAAGAUUUUUUGGCAAUCAAAAUUUUCAGAUGACUUCGACCAAAUUAUAAGGAUUUUUUGAUACAUUUAUGGUCUUUGACCACAAGGUGUCGCUAUUUUACACCCAGGGCACAGUGGCAAUAGCAAAUUACAGUUUUUUCCCCCAAUGUUCCAAAACAUUAUUAUGAGAGAGCCUCACUUCCAACCCCCCUGGUGAUUGUUACAACUAAGGUUGUGUUGUCUUCAAUAUAUGUAUGUUGUGUUAUAUGUUUGUUAAUGACUCUUUCAAUAAAAAAGACAGUUUCACUUCCUG